AUUUUUUAUUUUUAAAUAUUUAAAUUUUAGUCUCCAAAAUGGAAUUAGAAAAAUUAUCAAUAAAUAACCCCACAAAGCCCGUUGACGAGAUGCUAAAAACUGAAAUCCGCUUACUGGCUGCCGAAAUAAAACAUCAAAUUGCCCGAAAACUGGAAAAUCGGAACAACUUUGAGGAAUUCAUGCUGGCACUGCCAAAAAAUCUCAGCGAUUUUCUCAGUAAAAAAUUCGAAACAAACGAAUACGAGCGAAAGUACAACAUUGAACAGGUGCAAGCGAUCCAAAAUGCCAGUGAAUACCAGAGAAGACGACGACUGAACAUGGAAAUUUUAUUGGAUGAAUGGGGAACUUCGGGUCGCCAACGACCUUGCGUAGUGCAUUUAUUAGCGGCUUUGGAUAAAGUUAAUUUACGAAAUGCCUCAAAUAUUCUGAGAACUUAUGUCGGAGUUAAUGAGAAAAUCGAUGCCACCGUUGAAUUUUCCUCGGAUUUGAAUGAACCACAGAUUUAUGAGGAAUCACGGGAUGAUGACCUUGAACUCAAAGUAAUGCUUGAACUAAAAAACAAAAAUAAUCCAACGAAUGAGGAAGGAACUUUAAAAAGACUGAAUAUUUUGGAAGAGGUGCGUUCCUUAAAUAUCAAGGAGUUCAAUUAUUCCGAAAUUAAAGAAAAAACCAACAAUUUUAAUAAGCAACGAUAUGAAGACGUCACAAGUCCCGGCAGAUUUUUGGGGUCCGGAGGUUUUGGAAAAGUAUUUUUAGCUACAAAUCUAGUCGAAAACAUUCCUUUUGUGGCUGUCAAAGUAAUGGCAAAAGUUAAUGACAAAGAGUACAAACAUUUUUGUCGAGAAUUGAAGAUCAUCUCGGAGCUUCAGCAUGAAAACAUCUUAAAACUUCUCGGAUAUUCGCUGGAAAAUGAAGCUUGUCUAAUUUACGAGUAUGCCUGCAAUGGUUCCUUAAGUGCUCUUUUAGAAAAAGCUCGAGGUGACGAAAGUGUCUACGAAUUUCGCGAUCGCGUGAGAAAUUUAUGGGAAAUAUCAAAAGCACUAAUUUAUCUUCACAAUGAAAAAGGUCUUGUUCAUCGCGAUGUGAAGCCGGAAAAUAUUCUUUUAGACGGAAAAACGGCAAAAUUAUGCGAUUUUGGAUUAGUUAAGCCGUUGGUCAAGGGCUUUGCUACCGACACCAGAAUAGCAGGAACAAAUCACUACAUGGCACCGGAAUUACAGUAUGAAGUUACUACUUCUGCUGAUGUUUAUGCCUUUGGACUCGUUAUGUUGAUAACACUGACUGAUUUGCAACUUGUGGAUAAACGUCGAGCAGAUGAUGAUUUAUUUUUGCCCAGUUUUGUGAAAAAACGAAUUAAUGAUUCAGCAAGGCAUCAUGAGUUCAUGCCAAGCAUAUCUGACGCUCGAUUGAAGAUGAUUGAAUUGUCGUUGCUUUGUUCCCGUAUGGAUAAGACUGUUCGACCCCCAAUCAAAUUUGUGUAUGAAAAAUUGAGUGAACAACUUGAGGCCUGAUACUUUAAAUUACCAAGUGUUGAUAAAGCUGUGAAAUAAAAAAAAUAAUAUAGGCGAAUAAAUUUAAUAUUUUAUUUAUAGAAAAAAUUUAGGGGGAGUAGUAAAAAUUUAAUAAAAAUU